CACCUGAGAUGAGUCUCAUUAAUACUUAGAGCAAUAUAAAAAUUAACUUAUGACUAGCGGUAGAUGCUGGAACUACAAUCAGAAUUAUUGUUAGUAUUACGGGAAACUUGGAGGUCAGACGAACGUUUAAUGUAGAUAUUAAAAGAGCAAGUGCAAGAGAAGACCUCCGUAUACGCACUUGCGUAUUGGAACAGUGAAAACGUUGUCUGACUAAGAACUUCUUUUUUUUUGAUGUGAAGUUACGUUUGUACAUCAUAGUCAAAAAGCAUGCAGGCCUACUCGCAGCUGGGCGCACAAAGCCCUACCUAUCCUGUCCAACCAAGUACAGCCUUCUACAGCGCCCAGCCCAUGGGGGAAGGAACGGCUUAUGGAGUCCUCUCUCAGUCAUACGGCAUGACUGCUGCAAGAACGUUUGUACAGCAGGGGAAACCAGGCUCUCCGUCGAUUCCACAAGCUACGUACUUAUCUCCUUAUGGAAACAACUUUGGAACUGGUAGCGGGACUCAUUCAACACAAAACAGCUACAACUACGGAACAAUGUACCCAUCUUCCACCUUCCCUGGAAUUGCGUCCAAUGCACAGGGUUUCAGUUCUUCCCAACAGGCCAUAGACUAUAAUUCCUACACGAGUUAUGGCCAAGCUGGAUACGCUUACUACCCAUCACAAGGAUACGGUCCGUGUGUUCAGUCACCCACUUGUAGCUCUUCUCUUGGAAUGACUGGGGCUCCUACUAACACAUCUUACCAGAUGGGGCCAACGCCUAACGUCCCAAGCAGAGCUAGCCCUCAAUUUAAUCCAGAGAGCAACUUGUCCUUAAAGAACGACACAACAAAUGGGACAGUGAAGAAAGGGAGUAAUAGGAGUGGUCGAGGACGUGGUAGGCGACAAAACAACCCCUCUCCAGAUCCAGAUAACGAUUUGGAAAGGGUUUUUAUUUGGAACUUGGACGAAACCAUCAUAAUAUUUCACUCCCUCUUAACCGGUUCUUACGCUGCACGUUAUGGAAAGGAUACGCCAGCUUCCGUGUCCUUAGGCCUUCGUAUGGAAGAAUUGAUUUUUAAUUUAGCAGACACACAUUUUUUCUUCAACGACUUAGAGGAAUGUGAUCAGGUCCACAUAGAUGAUGUGUCGUCAGAGGAUAACGGUCAGGAUCUUAGCAACUAUAACUUCCAAGCUGAUGGUUUUCAUGCUGCAGCAACGAAUGCCAGUUUAUGUCUGGCCACAGGGGUCAGAGGUGGAGUGGAUUGGAUGAGAAAGUUGGCAUUUCGUUACCGAAGGAUCAAGGAGACUUACAGUCAGUAUAGGAACAAUAUAGGAGGUAGGACAUUCUCAGCCAAGCUUGUCCUAAAAAAACAGAACAGAUGA